AACCUCCCUUCCCGUGUCUUCGAGCCGCCAGAGGGCUGGGUGCCUUUCCAUCAGCAGUGGCGCCAGCGCUGCGGGGCCCGAGCUCGGGUCUUUUUCAACCAAUCCGGACUAGCUUCAUCCAAAUUUUUCUCUCUCUCCUCCCUUCCUUGUUUCUUUUACUAUUUUUCUCCCAUUCUCUUAUUUGGAAUAUUCCUGCAUUUUUAAGAUCUCAAGAUGGUGCAGAAGAAAACUGAACUUAAAGGCUUCCAUCGUUCUUAUAAGGGCCAGAAUCCUUUCGACCUGGAAUUCUCUCAGUCCACUCACCUGGAAUCUGUCUUCAAUUUUGAAUGUUCCUCUCGGCCCGAUAUGCCUUCGAGUGAGCCCAUCGACAUCCCCAAUGCCAAGAAAAGAAACAAGAAGAAAAAACGCUGCAGAGCUACAGACAGUUUUUCAGGGAGGUUUGAAGAUGUUUACCAGCUCCAAGAAGAGGUCCUCGGAGAAGGAGCACAUGCAAAAGUCCAGGCCUGUGUUAAUCUCAUUACUAACAAGGAGUAUGCAGUGAAGAUAAUUGAGAAGCGACUUGGACACAUCCGAAAUCGGGUAUUUCGAGAAGUGGAAAUGCUGUACCAGUGCCAAGGACACAGGAACAUCCUGGAGCUAAUCGAGUUUUUUGAAGAAGAGGACCGGUUCUACCUCGUGUUUGAGAAGAUGAGAGGAGGCUCCAUCUUAACCCAUAUCCACCGUCGACGCCAUUUCAAUGAGUUUGAGGCCAGCAUGGUGGUGCGCGACAUAGCCAGUGCCCUUAAUUUCUUGCACAAUAAAGGAAUAGCACAUAGAGAUUUAAAACCAGAAAAUAUUCUCUGUGAGAGUUCAAAUCAGGUGUCCCCAGUAAAAAUCUGUGAUUUCGAUUUAGGAAGUGGGAUCAAGCUGAAUGGUGAUUGUUCUCCCAUCUCCACCCCAGAGCUUCUCACUCCAUGCGGUUCAGCCGAAUAUAUGGCUCCAGAAGUGGUGGAAGCCUUCAGUGAAGAAGCGUCCAUCUACGACAAGCGCUGUGAUUUAUGGAGCUUGGGAGUCAUUCUGUACAUCAUGUUGAGCGGUUACCCCCCUUUUGUGGGUCACUGUGGGACCGACUGCGGCUGGGACCGUGGUGAAGCGUGCCCCGCUUGCCAGAAUAUGCUGUUUGAAAGCAUCCAGGAGGGGAAAUACGAAUUCCCAGACAAGGACUGGGCUCACAUCUCUUUCGAAGCUAAAGACCUCAUUUCAAAGCUCCUUGUAAGAGAUGCCAAAAAGCGUCUGAGUGCAGCCGAAGUCCUCAAGCAUCCUUGGGUACAAGGGUGUGCUCCUGAUAACACUCUCCCCACUCCAAUCAUCCUACAAAGGAACAGCAGUGCCAAAGAGUUGACCUCGUUUGCCGCCGAAGCCAUUGCGGUCAACCGUCAGUUAAUGCAGCACGAGGAGGAAGCUGCGGAGGAGACUCACCCCAUUAUCAUCAAAGCUACCUCAUGCUCUAUGCACCUCUCUCCUCCCUCUGAAUCCAAGCUGGCUAAACGGAGACAGAAGACAAGCAUGGCUAAAGCGAACCCCACCCAGCAUCUGGUGACUCCCUUGGUCUUGGUUGGGGAUCACAUGUGACUGCCUUUCCUUCUAUACAUCCAUUCUCCCUCUCACUCCCCCAAGCCCUUUGUGUCUCUUCGGACAAAAAGGUCUGCUUGAAUAGCUUAACAAAAAGACCAAGAUCAAGUUGGCUGGUUCCCAAGGAUUCUUUUCUGUCUAUGAUCUUGUUCUUGACGCACAUGGCUGUUUUGUUCCUUGUACCUUUUUGUUUCUCUCUUUCUCUUUCCCUCUCUCUCUCUCUCUCCUUCUCUGAAAAAAAGCUAUUUAAAUUCUAUUUCUCCCUUCCCUUGUUUCCCCUCUUCCCAGUGUAUUUUGAUGCACAAGUAAUUUUUGCUUAAAAAGUUAAAAAAAAAAAGGCCCCUUCCUCCCCACUGAAGGGGCUUCUGUUCUUUUCUUUCUUUCCCCCCCUUCUCUCAGCUUCUUGUACUGUGAAAGGAGGGGAGAAAACCUUCCCCUUGACUGUCCGACCCCCCAAGCCUGAACUUUUAAACGUAGCAUUUUUAUGUUUGGAGAGUGUGCUUUUUUUUUUCUUUUUUUUUUUAACGUUUAUUUUAAUUUUGUUCUUUCUAUCGGUUUCUUUUUAAAAAAAACAAACAAACAUAAAUAAAUAACUACUUGGAUUCUGUAUGGUUUGAGGGUGGGUGGGGAUAGGGAUUUAUCUUUAUCUUUUUUCCCCAAAAGCACUGGAGUGACUUAAGGGGGAGGGAGGGAAACAAUUACAGUCCCUGGAUUGUAUGAAUGUUCAUUUAUGGGGGAAAUGUAGGGAAAAUUGCAGAGUCUUCCCUAAAACUGUGUAGAUUCUAUAAGCUGAAAGUAGUUGUAUCUGGGAUAUAAACAGAAGGGGGAGUUGGGAAGAGGAAAUCCAUACAUAUAGGGAUAAAUUCCUUCUCCCCACCGUUCUCCUCCCCCUGGCACCGUUCACAGCACUUAUUUUGUAUUUUGUUCUUUUUUUUUUUCUCAAGGGGCCAAGCUGUGGAUAACACAAGAACCCUGUUUUGUUUCAAUCCAGAUGUGUCCUAUUAAACAUGGGAGGGGUCCAAUAUUUUUUUUGUAAGAGCAGAAGGGAUGCAUGUUUUGGGAUCUACCAUAGUGGAAUCUAAUCCCUUAUGGUUUUUCCCCCCCCGUUUGAUACAGAGAGAUAAAAGAAAGGUGGAAAAAGUUAUAGUAGAAAAGAAAGAUUUUACUACCUUUCAUAGAGUAAGCCAUUGUUUCUCAACCUUGGCAAGGUUGAAGACGUGUGAAACUUCAACUCCCAGAAUUCCCCAGCCAAUAUGGCUGGCUGGGCAAUUCUGGGAGUUGAAGUCCACAUAUCUUCAAACUGGGAAACAUUGAAGUAUAAGCUAUUGGGAGGUGGGGAGAGUGAGGCUUAAUCUGAAGAGAAGGUAGUCAACAUUAAUUAAACCAUCCUCUGCAGGGCUGGUAAAAAUCUUUGCAAAAAUAGUCAUAGAGGUGUGUAUAAUUGCUUCAGAGUUUGCAAAUCUAGGAUGCCCUUGUAGAUUACAUUCUUAUCGUGGCAGAAUAGUUUAUGGCAAUCCUUUACAACUUUUGCUGACCUUUUUUGAUUUUUUUUUAAAACCCAAGGUGAUGUGUUGUUUGAUCUCCCCAUCCCAAAGGCAGACUAUGGCUUGAGGGAAUUAUUUCAAAAUAUUUCUGAGUCUUUGGAACCUUUUAAGCUUCGGUUCUACUUAUUCUGAACCAAUAUAGAUAGAAUUCCUCAGGGAUGGUUGCUUCCUACGGGGACUAAUUAAUGUGGGGAACCUCUAUCCUCCCCCUUCCCCCAAUCUCUACAGAGCUACAGUUCCUAUAAUUGUGGGUUUUGUGGUGAGAAAACAACAACCAAUCUUGUUUAAAGCUAAACCUGCUGUAAGCUUGUGAAUCUGAGGGAGCAGGGGCCGAACUAUGAAUCAAACUCAGGAUGAUGCAUUCAGAUGUGCUAAAAUGGUCAAAUGCCUGCUUUUUGGAAGGAAGAGAAACACUUGGAUGCGUGUGGUGUCUCAUAUAGAGAAGGAAUUAGAAGAUUGAGUGAUACCUUUUUUUAAUGGGUUCAACGCGUGAAAUUGAAACAGUGAGCAAGUAGCAUAUUGGGGUGAAAUUCUGGGAGAAGGUUAUCCAGGAGGGAUGUGAAGAGGGACAAAAAUAGUAUUUGGUUAGUGGUCCUCUUCGGCAUCCACCUUCUUCUCAUCACCCUUUCUGGCCAGAAUGUAAGCAUCAAAAUAAGGAUUGCCAAUAGGUUGUGCUGUUGCCGUUUGGCCCUCAUCGUUUUCUCCAUUCCUCCAUUGUAUCCCAGUGUUUAGCAUCUAAGCAUUCUGGGAAUUGCCUGCAUUGUGAGGCCACAAGGCUCAGGAGCAUUCUGGGAAAUUAAAUGGCAGAUCCAAACUAUUGGAUGAAGAAGGGUGCUUGGUGGCGGCCUGUUGAUGCUUAGUCUAGAGGAGGGGGCCAACCCGAGAGCAUUUCGGUAGGGUCUCCUUCAAUCUGGAUACUAAUCUUCGAUAUGAGAACUGUCCUCAAUGUUUGGUCAGCCCAUAUCCAGUUCACCAUGAAAUCAGUCAUGGCGUAUGAGAGGACAUUCUUUUUAUGUUAAUAGGCCAGAGGCUGAAGGGGGAGAAAGGCAUACCAUCUGCCUCUUAAAAACCAUGGCAACUUUAAGACCCUAUGGACUUCAACUCCCAGAAUUCUCCAGAUAGCCUGUCUGGCUAGGGGAUUCAGGGAAUUGGAGUCCACAAAUCUUAAAAGUUGCCCAGAGUUGGACACCCCUGACUUAAAAUCUGGAAUAUAAUGAAACAUGAAGGUGCUUUCCUGGAAAUUUAAGACUAUUGGCUGUUUGUGUCCAUUGGGGGAGACUCAAUCCUCCCCCCCCCCCGGCCCCCCGCUUGCUCUGAGACAAAUGUAGCUCCAGGUCCUGCUCUCAAAAUUUCUCGAAAAGACUACGCACACAUCCAGAUUGUGAAAACAUUUGUACAUAAAUCAGUAUUGCAUCAGGAUGGGGAUUGGAAAAUAUUCUUGAAUGUGUGUGUGUGGUGCCUUGAUAACGGUGGCAGUUGUGACUAGGCUGUGGGUGGGCAGAUAACUUUUUGCCAUGCUCAAAUCUUAGUACCGUAGUAUUUCUGCCUACCUUCCUUUAUGCAUAAGCUGCAGGGCAAGCAGCCCUAGGGAUUUUGACUUGGGAGCUGCUCCUACUGAAUCCUUUCGGAUUUGCUUAUCCAAGUAUGUGUAGGACUGGUGGAUGGCUGAGUGUAAAAGUAUGGGUGGGGAAGCUUACUGAAUCUGUUAGACUUCAGAGCAAGGGCCUCCAAGCUUGGCAACUUUAAGCCUGGAGGACUUCAACUCCCAGAAUCCCCCAGCCAGCAAAGCUUAAAGUUGCCAAGGUUGGAGACUCCUGCUUCAGAGGACCCAAAGGGAGGAUCAACCAGUUAGUUUCACUUUGGAGGUGAACAUUGUGGUUGAAAUCUAGCUAGGAAAGUGGUUUUAAAACUUAGUGUGGUUUGCUGUGCGCGGCAAGGGAGAGUUUUAGCUUAAGGUCGGUUUGGCCUGUUUGAUCUCCUUUCUAAGCCUUAGGAUUAUUAUUAUUUUUGAAAUCCAGUGAUAACAAGGUGGAUCCUCCCCAGGACUUGGGUAGAAUUGGUUGAACAGCAAUGUAGUAUCAACUCAAUCUUGAGCGGUUGUAGCAAAACAUCUGCUGGUGACUUCAGCUCCUGUCCAGAUGUGCACAUGUGGGCGUAUGUGAUCUUAAGAACGAUGCUUGUCUCUGAAUAAAGACUUUUUAAGUAACAAUACUAUGCAAAGAAGUUUGAAUCGUUUUGCUGAGAGAGUAUUUCUUUUUUCAGAUGCAGGAUAGUUGAUUUUUUUUUGUGGGGGGGAUAAGUGUGGAGGCUUGUAAGAUAACUCGACACCUCCUUCCUUUUCUACUUUUUGAUAUUUUUCUCUGCUUUCUUGACAGAAGGUAAAACAGAUGGGAUCUCCCUUUUUAGUAAUUAUGCUUUGCUUGUUGUGACUUUCGUGGUCUUUUCCAACAGACGCGCUUUCAUUAAGGGAUAGGGGUAGGAAGACGGUACUGCCUGAAAUAACGAGGUGCAGAAUACACUGGUUAGCUGAGCAGGCUACGUAAUUGCGCAAAUUAUUUUAAAAUCAAAGAACAUCUUUAUCAUACGAUUCAGGAUGAAAUAGGUAUGGAUUUUGUCACCAAUGAUAAAUCUUAAAUCUUGUGGCCAGAAAUUACUUGAAUGAAUAGUGUGGGCCCUUAUUGCUCCUGAAAGCUAUAGCCCAGUGAUGGUUACCUUUUUCAGCACCAAGUGCUGAAACGGGAGCACAUGCGCUGGAACCCGGAAGAGCAACUGGCGCUGGCACACAUGCCCACAGAAAGGGCUCUGCGUGCCACCUCUGGCCAUAAGUUCACCAUCACGGCUAUAACCUAUAGCUUCUAAAUUGCCUGAUGUGUUUAAUCCUUUCAGGAUUUAGAAGCAAAGGAAGCGGCUUCCAGUAUGGAUGUUCUCAUUCAGAAGGUUUCAAGGGGUGUGAUGGGAUAUAAUUUGCUCCGUUCUUGCUUUUUUGUUGCUGUUUAUGCUGUGUCUAUCCUUCAAAAGAAAGAUAGCUUUAAGAACAGUUCAUCAAAAGUUAGGAAUGUAUUUGUACACUGAUUUUGCUUUCCCUCAAGAGCAUCCAUUUCCCAGAAGUGACGUGGUACUUGUAUUCAGUUGAGCAUUUUAGUUUGAUCACCAACAACUCUCAACCUUCGAUCCUCAGGCCAGUGUGCGUGGCAGGUUCAUCUGAAAAACAAUUGUCGCCAACCAUUUGGGAUACUACUUUGGGAGAAGGAACACUUGCCUUCUACUUCCCUCUGUUUUAUUCUUAAAGGGCGAAAACAGGGGGGGGUGAUGCUUAUGGUAUGCUGAUAGGUUGGGAGCGAUGGACAGUGGCUUUCAAACCAGCAUUCUUAGUUGAAACGUGUAAUCUUUUUUAAACAAGUCUCAGGAUUAUUAUGUCAACACGUGAAGGUCUUUCACUCUUCAUUCGUGCCUGAUAUUUAAGAAACAAAAACAUCCUAGGUAAUUUAUGAAGCGUUCGGAAUUGUGUGACGGACUUGUUGCACAGUUACAAAAUAAAAUCAUGUAGAUCACCGAAUAAUAAUAAUAAUAAUAAUAAUAGCUUUUGUAUCCUCCCUUCUGUGUGUGUGUCAUCUUAACAUACAUAGAGCCCUUCUGUGCAGGGUUGCACAUUUUUUUUAGUACGUGCAAGAGCAGUGGGUCAGAAUUGUGACCCCGGGAAAGUAUGCUUUUUAGUUGGUGAGGUUUUUAAAGCAAAUAAAUUGUCUUUGAUGGGUGGGGUGGGUGAAGUAAAGCAAUCUCAUAUAAAAACACUGCUAAGAUCAUACCUUACUCUGGGAUGGUGUAUCUGAUCUGAAUAAUCUUGAGUGAAAGGAGUCAAGUGUAUCCAAAAGUGAAAUCUGUCCUACCUUACCUGUUACGAAAGGAUGAUGUUUCUAUGCCCAUUGAAAUGGGUGGUGUGGUUUCUUGGCACUGGGGUGGGUUUUUUUUUUAAAGGCUCCUGUCAGAAUAACGUAACUUGCCUUAACUUGUUUCCUUUGCAAUGUGGAAUUUCCAUCUUGGUUUGGGGUUGAUUUUUUUGAUAAGAUGAAGGUGCAUCGACUUCAGGUUUUGAAUGAAAUAUGUGAAGUGCAUCCAGAUCCCAUCCUGGAGGGAAAUAACUGUAAACCAUGGGUGGCUUUUCUACACUUGAUGAAAUAGCCCCUGUUGAAAUUUCAUCAAUGGGUGAUUGGAUUGAGAAAGACUUAGGAAUUCAGCAUUUGAGGUGCAUCCUUUCCCAAAUCUAGUGGGAAAGAAGCAGCUAAGCUAGAAAUGGUUGUUUUCCGUGUUGAGUUUUCUCUGAUGACUUCAAGAUGGAGAUGGUGGAAGAAAACGGAACCCACUUUAAUACAGAGGGACUGAAUUAGCACCAUAGAAAACAAGGUGACUUCAACCUCAAGUAAUCUUGUCUUUUUCCAGGGGGUUUGAACACAGAAUUAUCAUUUGUAGUAUUUUACGCCUUUGGCAAUAUCUCUCUCUCUUCGAUUCCGUUUCUUGUUCCUAAUUUCAACCCUGGACAGAGAUGAAACUUUUUCCUCGGUGAGCAGUUUUUAAGGCUUGCAUUAUCUAUUUCCACACCUCACCCAGAGGGAUGUGACUUGUGGUGGUUUUGGAUUCUGAAACCUGCAAUCUCCACUUACCUGGAAGCUACAAAGUUGGAAAAAGCAGUCUAGACUUCUUUCCCACCUCUUGAUUUCCCUUCCUGUCCUUCCCUGUAUUCCUUUUGUGUGUGUGUGUGUGUGUGUGUGUGUGUGUGAGACCAAAAUUGGUGGUGCUUAGAUUUCCUGCUUCUUGAUUCAGUUGGAAUGAGAGGGAUGGGAGAGAUGAGAGAGCUUGGAGGUAUUUAGACUACUCGAGCUCCUUUGGAUCAAACCCCAGGAAUUCUGUGAAAUGGGCCUAUCGCUUCUCUCCACUGGGGAGCCUUAAAACAUUUGUCCUGUUCUGUACAGUUCCCUAGAUUUGGAAGCCCAAAGAGUUAAACUGUGUUAAAAGUCACUAGUUCUUAUGAAGAAAUAGACUUGUGUCUCUGGACAGACAUAGGAAUGCCUCCAACAUGCUCCCUUGACAUCUCAACCAUCUUAUUUUCUCUCAAGAUUGCUUUCCAUAUAUUUACAGUUUGCAUUAUGUUAACUUUCCAAUUAGUUGUGCGCAGAUUAUUCUGUUCUUGCCAAAAUUACUUUCAAACUUUUGUAUCCCACACACACACCCCUCAGUAUUUUUCUUUGUAAAAACGUUUAUUGGAAAGCAUCUUGUCUUGUACCUCCACGAGUUUUAAUUAGCUGCAUAUAUGAGGACAGGAGAAUGUCUUGAUGCAUCUUUGACUUAAUGCCCUCCUCUCCUCAAUUUAAGUCUAUUUAGAACUGGUUAUUUAGCAUUUUACUGUGAAGUUGGUUUCUUUUUUUUUUCCUUUUUUUUUCUUUUAUGAGAAAAAUCAGUUCAGGAAAAAAUAUUUUCCUCUGAUUACCAUAAAAGACUGCCAAAGGUUUUGUUUUCUGACAUAAAGUCACCUUAAUGCACCACUGGGGACUAUAGAUGCAAGAGUCCUUCAGCAAGGGACUGGUUUGAAAAUGACAAAUUAAAAAAAAAACUUUUAAAAUCUUUAAAAAAAAACAAAGCACUUUAUUAUGUACCAGGUGAACUGAUUCAGCUUGAUGGAACUUUUUCCUUUGUAACACCUUGUUGAUGCCAGAAUUUUUUGUAUUCUGUUUUGUAAGAAUUUAAUAAAUGCAUUGAAACAUG